AUGUCGCAGAAAUACCCUGAUGUCAAGGCGGAAAGCGCCGCAUUUGACGCCGAGGUGAAGGCCAUCGAGAAGUGGUGGCAGUCUGAUCGCCAGAAGCACAUCAAAAGACCCUACACGGCCAAGUCCAUCGCUGCGCUUCGCAACAUCGGCUUCAAGACCGACUAUCCCUCCAGUGUACAGGGCAGAAAGCUGUGGAAGAUCCUCAAUGAGCACAAUGCAAACGGCACGUACGAGCUGACCUUUGGCACGACGGAGCCCCUCAUCGCGAAGGAGAUGGCCAAAUACAUGCAAACCGUCUAUGUCUCGGGCGCACUCUGCGGACACUCUCAGGCGGCCUGGCCGGGCGAGGACCACGCCGACUACCCGGCCGACACGGUCCCCUCGGUCGUCAAGCGCAUCUUCAACUCGCAGCUCUUCCAGGACCAGCGGCAGACGCAGCUGCGCAUGCGCUUCUCCGAGGAGGACCGCAGGGACCUCGAGUGCAUCGACUACAUGCUGCCCAUCGUCGCCGACGCCGACAUGGGCUUCGGCACGCUGACGGGCUGCAUGAAGCUCGCGCGCAGCUUUGUCGAGUCGGGCGUCGCCAUGGUCCACAUCGACGACCUCGCCAUGGGGCUCAAGAAGUUUGCCAACGGCGAGGGCCGGACCAUCGUGCCUACCUCUGAGUACCUGCAGCGGCUCACGACUGUGCGGAUGACGUUUGAUAUCAUGGGGUAUUACCUUCCCCCUUGCAUGAUGCUGGAAGAUAAAGAGCAGUUCAUCAACAGCGUCGUCGACCCGCGCGAUCACCCCUACGUCCUCGGCGCGACCAAAGUUGUCCCUUCUUUCCUGCAGGCUCUCGCCACGGGCCGCGAGUCUGGCAGGGACUACCUGGCCGUCAAGAAAGAGUGGAAGGCAUCGGCGGGUCUAAUGACAUUCGACGAUGCCGUAAAGUCCCAGGCCGACUCGGAAGACCAAUACAAGAGCUACGAGGCCGAGGUCAAGGGCAAGAUCAUCGCGCUGCAGGACCGGAGGGCCAUCGCCAGGAAGAUCACCGGCAAGGACAUUAUGUUUGACUGGGAGCUACCCCGACUGCCGCGCGGCCAGUACAUGUGGCAGUGGUGUACGCAAGCUGUCAUCGACCGCGCCGUCCUAGCUGCUCCGCUCGGCGACGUGACGUGGAGUCGACAGGACAAGCCCAACAAGAAGGAUAUGGAGGACUUCCACUCCGGGGUCCGCAAGGUCUUCCCGAACCGCCUGUUCGCUUUCGGCUACACGGGCGCCUACGACUUCGUCAAGGCGGGUUACACGGAGCAGGAGGUCGAGACCUUCCCUGCCGACAUCGCCAAGCAGGGCGUGGUCUGGCAGGUGCAGCCCAUCUGGGCGACGCAGGGCCUCAGCCUGCACGCCAAGCAGUUCGCCGAGAUGUUCAAGAAGGAAGGGAUUGCGGGUUACAUGCGCAACGUGGCCAAGCCGGCCAUCGAGGGCAUGGCGACUGACAAGUAUGGUAAGCCCACGUCGCGCGGGGGGUAUCUGGCAGACGCCUUCUUUGAUGUGGUAGAUGGCGAUGAGAUCACUGAGGUAGCUUAG